CGAAAACGUCACAGCACAUUGUAGCAGUCACGAUUCGUACCUGUACGUCAUUUCGGUAUGCGCGUCCAUCGCCUCUGCACAGUUCACUAUCACUUGCUUACAACUUUUUCUCCAAUGGACCGAUUACAACGACUAUUUGGAUCUGCCACUGCUGGCCUUGGUGGCCAGGGAAUGCAGCCGGGCAUGGAUUCGCCCAUCGUCGACAACGCCGAGAUGGUCUACAUUUCAUCACUCGCCUUAUUGAAGAUGCUCAAGCAUGGACGUGCGGGUGUGCCCAUGGAAGUCAUGGGUCUAAUGUUGGGAGAGUUUGUGGAUGAUUACACAGUUCGUGUCAUUGAUGUAUUUGCCAUGCCUCAAAGUGGUACUGGUGUCUCUGUGGAAGCCGUGGAUCCCGUAUUUCAAACAAAGAUGUUGGACAUGCUGAAACAAACUGGAAGACCGGAAAUGGUGGUGGGUUGGUACCAUUCCCAUCCAGGUUUCGGAUGCUGGUUGUCGAGCGUGGAUAUCAACACACAGCAGAGUUUCGAACAAUUGAACCCACGAGCCGUUGCAGUUGUCGUCGAUCCGAUUCAGUCUGUCAAAGGCAAAGUUGUCAUUGAUGCUUUCCGUCUUAUUAACCCUCAAAGCGUGAUGCUUGGACAAGAACCUCGACAAACGACAUCCAACAUUGGCCACUUAAACAAACCUUCCAUCCAGGCAUUGAUUCACGGUCUUAAUCGCCAUUACUAUUCCAUCGGCAUCAACUACCGCAAGAACGAACUCGAGGAAAAGAUGCUUCUCAAUUUACACAAGAAGAAUUGGACCCAUGGAUUAACAUUAGAAAACUUUUCCGAGCACACAGAAGUGAAUGAAAAGAGCGUCAAACAAAUGUUAACGUUGGCUGAAGCAUAUAACAAAUCGGUUCAGGAAGAAUUAACAAUGACCCCUGAACAGUUAAAGACACGGCACGUAGGAAAGCAGGAUCCCAAGCGUCACUUGGAAGAAAAGGUCGAAGCGGUCAUGGGCAACAAUAUUGUCAUGGCUUUGGGUACCAUGAUCGAUAGCGUCAGUUUUUAAAUAGUCAAAAAAAGAAAAAUUCAAUGAAUAGGAUACGAUCCCCCGCAAACGCGUUGAUUUUUUUUUUUUAUUUUUUUGGAAUUCCGCAGUUAUGGCGAC